CUGUUCAAAAUCAAAGCCAGUGGGCAAAAGAUAGAACCGGCAGUCAGAUGAGAGAUCAAGAAGAACAGCACUUGCAUUCCCUUUGGCGUCCGAUAGAGAGAAAAUGUCUGUUUCUUCUGCAACGAAAGAACAGGAAAACCACUCUCCUCCAAAUCCACGCUUUCAUGCUCCGUCACUCCAUCGAAACCAACCUUAACCUCUUCACCAAGUUCAUCACAGCCUGCUCUUCUCUCUCCACUCUUUCCGCUGUUAGCCACGCGCGCCGCUUGUUCGAUGUUAGGCCCCAUGAAAACGACACGUAUCUUUGCAAUGCCAUGAUCAAAGCCCAUCUGGGUGUCAACCAAUUCGCCCAAUCUUUCACUCUUUACAAAGAUCUAGGGAGAGCUGAGGAGGGUUUUGUUCCCAAUAAGAUUACGUUUUUAACACUUGCGAAGUCUUGUGCUUUAAAUAUGGCAAUCUGGGAGGGUUUACAGAUACAUAAUCACGUGAUAAAAUUUGGGUUUUGCUUGGAUUUGUAUGUUUCAACAGCUUUGCUUGAUAUGUAUGCAAAGCUUGGCAUCAUGGGUUCAGCAAGAAAGGUUUUUGAAGAGAUGCCUGAGAGAAGUUUAGUUUCAUGGACAGCUCUAAUUUGUGGAUAUGCAAAAGCUGGGGAUAUGGAGAGAGCAAAAGAGCUAUUGGAUGAGAUGCCUGAGAAGGAAGAUUCUGUUCUAUACAAUGCUAUGAUUGAUGGAUAUGUUAAGUUAGGAGAUUUAGAUUCGGCCCGAAAUUUGUUUAAUCAAAUGCAGGAUAGGAAUGUGAUUUCUUGGACUAGUAUGAUUAAUGGAUAUUGCAAUAGUGGUGAUGUUGAGUCUGCUAGGCUUUUAUUUGAUUCCAUGCCUGAAAAAAAUUUAGUAUCUUGGAAUGCAAUGAUUGGUGGGUACUGUCAAAAUAAGCAACCUCAUGAAGCAUUGAAAUUGUUUCAUGAAAUGCAAUCGAGCACAUUUUUUGAGCCGGAUAAAGUAACCAUUGUGAGCAUUCUUCCAGCUAUUGCUGAUUUGGGCGCACUAGAUUUGGGUGAGUGGGUUCACCAUUUUGUUCAAAGGAAGAAACUUGAUAAAGCAAUCAAUGUGUGUACUGGUCUUGUUGAUAUGUAUGCAAAAUGUGGGGAGAUAAAUAAAGCGAAAAGAAUUUUUUAUGAGAUGCCUGAAAAGGAAAUAGCUUCAUGGAAUGCUUUAAUAAACGGAUAUGCAGUGAAUGGAUGUGCCAAAGAAGCAUUGCAGGUAUUUUUGGAGAUGCGGAAUGAAAGAGUCAUGCCAAAUUAUGUGACCAUGAUAGGUGUUUUAUCAGCUUGUAAUCAUGCUGGCCUGGUGGGGGAAGGUACGAGAUGGUUUAAAGCAAUGGCAGAGUUUGGGAUCACCCCGAAAAUUGAGCAUUAUGGUUGUAUGGCUGAUCUGUUAGGGAGGGCUGGAUGUGUGGAGGAAGCUGAGAAGUUGAUAGAAGGUAUGCCCUAUGAAGUCAAUGGAAUAAUUCUCACUUCUCUUCUAUUUGCAUAUGGGUCCUCAAAUAAUGUGAAAAAAGCUGAGAGAGUGCUAAAGAAGUUGGUCCAUAUGGAACCAACUAAUCAUGGGAGUUAUGUGGUGUUAAGGAAUUUGUAUGCCGCCGGUAAAAGAUGGGAAGAUGUGGAGGAAAUCAGGGGAUUGAUGAGAAGGAAUGGGGCAAGAAAGGAAGCUGGCUGUAGUGUUAUCGAGGUUGAUAGUAGGGUUUUGGAGUUUGUAUCUGGAGAUAGAGUGCACCCCAAGUGGGAACUGAUGCAGUCAGUGUUACGGCAGUUGUGGGUGCACAUGAGGGGACAACCAGACAAGGCAGCUGCUUAGGUUGAAGAAUGUUUUGAUUUGUUAGUGAUGCUUGGGAAAAGCUCGAGGCUAAAGCAAGAACUGGGAACAAUUUCAGUAGCCUAGUGAUCUCGUACUGUUGUUUUAUGCAUCAGACCAAAGACAACAUACUAAGGACAUGCUGGCUAUCUUUAAGGAUGUAGAUUCCUCCUAAAACUCACAAUGAAAUCAAUGAUGCGAGGAAUUCCACUUACAGCUAACUGCUUGCCAGCGUGCCGGAUUUGGUGCACAUGAUGACCAAGCUCUAUAAGGAAGACUGGAUUGGUUCAAUAACCUUAGACGAAGAUGGAAAAGUCAAUUCUUAAAUAUGCCUCUCAAAAGUGACAUGAAGAAGUACAUGGUACCUUAUUCAAGGACCAAGCAUCGAUAGGGCAAACGGUAAAAGAAUUACAUCUUGGCUUUCAAGAGUGUUUGGUAUUUUAUGCAUCUAAAUGGCCUUAAUGAGGAUCAUACUGCUUAGCUGCAUACAAUGUAGUAAAGCACGUGCUUUUGUCAUGUGUGAAUAAGAUUGAAGUUAAAAGGGAAAGCAGGUUGUUCUUUCCAUGUCCUUGUUUUUAAGCCCUGCACCACUACUCAGGUGGAACUUGCCUGGUCUGAUGAUUUUGUAAUGACUUUCUAUGUUAAUAUAUGCCAAUCCAUUGACUUUUCUUAAA